AUGCAAACCAGAUCUAAGGGUACACCGCAAUUUGGGUUAUUGAUAUAUCAUAGAAGAGGACAGAAUUCAGCUGUGAUUGGUACACAUCAGAGUCCAGUGAGAGAAAAUUCUCUAUUCGAGACAAAUUUUGAGGGUAGUAGCAGUGAUUCAGAAGCCGAGUCUAUGGCUGAAGAAGACAAUAAUGUUCCACCACCCAUGGGAAGGUUUGGCGACAUCUUUAGAUCGGGAGUUGAUCACCCGGGGGAGUUUGCCUAUGCACAUGACAAUGUCAACAUCCCACCUCACUACAUUAGUUUGGUGAGUGGUGGAAAUCUUUUCCAUGGUCGAGAUGAAGAAGAUCCGAUGAGUCAUUUGAAUGCCUUUUAUGAAUUGACGAACUCUCAUAGACCGCCAAAUGUGGAGCAUCAUCGAAUCAAGAGAGCUUUAUUUCCUUUCUCAUUGAGAGAAAAAGCAAGGGAAUGGUAUGACUCACUAUCGGGCUACAACAUUGCAACUUUUGAAGAGUUGAAGUCGAAGUUUCUCUUGGAGUACAAUUCUCCAAUGAAGAUAGAAAAGUUGAGAGAGGAGAUCACUUCAUUCCGACAAAAGUAUGACGAGUCAUUUGCCAAAGCUGGUAAGAGAUUUACAGACUUGUUAAGGAAAUGCCCAAGUCAGGGACUAGCUCCGGGGCAUGAUCUUUUGAAGUUCUACAAGGGACUCAAUCAUGAAGGCACAGGCUUGGUUACUGCAGGGUCAAGUGGGAACUUGGACGAUUUGACCCAUGAUGAAGUGAGAGCGCUAUUUCAAAGAUUAGCGAACAAUCAGAGGAAUUGGCAUAAUCCAAGGAAGGUGGCCGCGAGAGAUACAUUUGGCGCUACUAAGGAGUCGGAAAGAGUGUUAGCUAUAGAAGCUCAAAUGGCUGACUUUAGUACUCAAAUUUCGUUGAUGACGAAUGCCGUCAAAUCUAUGCAGUUGACUCCUCAAUCCCAAGCCACGCCUGUGAUGAAGUGUAGACAGAAUUGGAGACCUCAGCAACCAAAUUGGAAUCAAGCUGGUCUUAGCAACACUGCGGGUAAUCAAUGGAGGAGUAAUGCCCAACCCUCGGGGUAUGAGAAGAAGCCGUCAAGUGAUGAUCAAGUUGCGCAGAUAUACUCCUUCAUGACUAAGAGCCAAAAGGAGAAUGAUCAAUUCAAGGAAAACGUUAAUGAGAAGUUUGGCCACAUUGAUGCCACAAUGAAGAACUUGGUGAUGAUGAUAGGCCAACUUGCAACGGUUGUGCAAACCAGACCCCAAGGAACUAUUCCAAGCACCACGAUAACGAACCCAAAGGUAAAUGAGCAAUGCAAAGCAGUCACAUUGAGAAGUGGGAAAGAGCUAGAGAGACUUGGAGUGAAAGUGGUACAUAAUGGCCCAAACAUCUUGCACGCAGGGGCGAACAAGUUGUUAGGCUCGCAAACCUCGCACGCAGGGGCGGACGAGGGGAGUGAGUAG